CCAUUUCGCUCAGUACGUGCAACCCACAAACCCUCAUAAACCCCUCCGGUUUUUUUUCACCCCCCGGCCCGGUUAUUUUUACCACGACCCCUACGCACGAAUUCCCAAGCAGACGCGAGGUGACGCAGCACCAGCCGUCGCGGGGAAAGAGACACGUCUCGCCGCCCCUGCUUGCCGCCUCCCCCCUCCCAUACCGCCGACGCGGCCAACGAAGGAGACGAGAAGGGAGACCCGCGGCGCGCCGGCGAAGAUGGUGGCGGCGGCGCUGGACGCAAUGGCCGGGACGAGGUGGGGGAGGUGGCUGGGGCUGGUGACGGCGGUGUGGGUGCAGUGCAUCUCCGGCAACAACUACACCUUCUCCAACUACUCCGACUCCAUCAAGACGCUCAUGGGCCUCACGCAGCUGCAGCUCAACGGCCUCUCCGUCGCCAAGGACGUCGGCAAGGCGUUCGGCCUCCUCGCCGGCCUCGCCUCCGACCGCGUCCCCACCUGGCUCCUCCUCGCCAUUGGCUCCCUCGAGGGCCUCCUUGGAUACGGCGCGCAGUGGCUCGUCGUGUCCAGGACCGUCGCGCCGCUGCCUUACUGGCAGAUGUGCGUCUUCCUCUGCCUCGGAGGGAAUAGCACCACGUGGAUGAACACCGCCGUGCUUGUCACCUGCAUCCGUAACUUCCGCCGGAGCAGGGGGCCGGUGUCUGGCUUGCUUAAGGGAUAUGUCGGCCUCAGCACGGCCAUCUUCACCGACGUCUGCUCCGCGCUGUUCGCCAACAACCCGGCCUCGUUCCUCAUCAUGCUCGCCGUCGUGCCCGCCGCGGUGUGCGCGGUCGCCAUGGUGUUCCUCCGCGAGGGGGAGGUCGCCGGCGGCGCCGCGUACGGGCGGGAGGAGGAGGAGGACGGCCGGUGCUUCACCGCAAUCAACACGCUCGCCGUGGCCAUCGCGCUGUACCUCCUCGCCGCCGACCUCACCGGCGUCGGGGGCGGCGGCGGGGUCGUGUCCGCCGUUUUCGUGGCCGUGCUCCUGGUGCUCCUCGCGUCCCCCGCCGUGGUGCCCGCGUACGUCGCGUGGAAAUCCUGGACGAAGGCGCGGAAGCUGGCGAACGCCGACGUUGAGGAGGCGGAGUCCGCGUCCGCCCCACUCCUCGUGGCGAAGGCGACGGCCGAGAGGAAGGAGGCGGCGGCGGAGGCGCGCGGCCCCGGCGAGAAGCCGCUGCUCGGGGAGGAGCACACGAUCGCGCAGGCGCUCAUGUCGCUGGACUUCUGGGUGAUGUUCGCAUCGUUCCUGAUGGGCGUGGGCACGGGUCUGGCCGUGAUGAACAACCUGGGGCAGAUGGGCGUCGCCAUGGGCUACUCCGACGUCUCCCUCUUCGUCUCCAUGACCAGCAUCUGGGGAUUCUUCGGCCGCAUCGCCUCCGGCACCAUCUCCGAGCACUUCAUCAAAACAAGAGCAAUUCCACGUCCACUAUGGAAUGCAGCUUCGCAAAUCCUUAUGGCCGUGGGCUACAUCGUGAUGGCGUUUGGGAUGCCAGGCUCCCUCUUCAUCGGCUCGGUCGUUGUUGGUAUCUGCUAUGGUGUCCGCCUGGCAGUAACCGUGCCAACAGCGUCUGAACUGUUUGGGCUCAAGUACUAUGGCCUCAUCUACAACAUCCUCAUUCUCAACCUGCCCCUCGGCUCCUUCCUCUUCUCUGGCCUUCUCGCUGGUCUCCUAUAUGAUGCACAGGCCACCAAGGUACCUGGUGGUGGCAACACCUGUGUUGGUGCACACUGCUACCGCCUCGUGUUCGUGGUCAUGGCGAUUGCCUGCGUUGUUGGGUUCGGUUUGGAUGUCUUGCUGUGCAUCAGGACCAAGAGGGUGUACGCCAAGAUCCAUGAGAGCAAGAAGCGGAGCAGGUUGACGGUGGUGCAGAGAGUAAGUUAGACACAACUCUACGAGAAAGGUACAGAUUUGAACAUUUGCAUCAACAAAGAGCACAGGUUCUGUAAAUUCUGUGGAAAUAAGAGGACUCCACGUCUUGAUUCUUUGGACAAGAUCGAUGGAUUCAUUCAAUUGGUAUAGGUUACUGCCGCGGAGGUUUGUAGGGAGUUUAUUGGAGCAAAUGAUUUCGGCUGUGUAUGAACUGUAAUAUAGUAACAGUAUAAUAGUACUAUAAUAGACCGAGAAGCUGCAGAUUGUGUAUUUGUCUGAACCCUCGGUUUAGUCAGUUUAGUGUAGCCUUGAGAGAAUGUAUUCUCGGUUUCAGCCUGUACGAUGAAUUGUUGUGCAAUUAGCCUGUUGGCAUACGAGUUCAGAUCAAUUCAAGCCUUUUUUCUUUUGAAA